GCGCCAACUUACCCGAACCUCAAGAAUGCGUUUGCCGUUGACGAAGCUAAGCAAGAAUGCAGCAGCAACAGUGCGAUGUAGCAUCAACCCGUCAAUAUCACACGUAAGAAGAAGCUACGCCAUCCAAGCAGGCGGCGCCCCCAUCGCCGAAGUCUUCAACCAAGGCACGAAAUGGCUGCACAAAGAGCGAGCAGCAGCAGACGUCUCAACGAGCCGGCAAGUCGACUAUCUCCGCGAUGAAGUGGCCUUUCGCCUCUGCGAACGCCUCCUCGACAUCAACCGCUCCUUUCCCAACGCGCUGGACUUUGGCGCCAAUGCGUGCAACAUCGCCCGCGCGCUGACCCGGCCAGACCCCGACAUCGACUCGAUGAAACCCGUCAAGGAUCCCAUCGGCCAUCGCAUCGGCCAACUCACCUGCACCGACACGAGUGAAACGCUGCUCUACCGCGACGCCGACCUCCCCUUCAACAACGACAUCCAAAUCACGCGCCAAGUGUUGCAGAACCCGGAAUACCUCCCCUACGCCCCAGAAACCUUCGACCUCGUCCUCUCCUCCCAAUCCCUCCACUGGAUCAACGAUCUCCCCUCCGUCCUCACGCAAAUCAACACCUGCCUCAAACCCGACGCGCCCUUCAUAGCCGCCAUGAGCGGCGGCGACACGCUCUUCGAACUCCGCGGCUCCCUGCAGCUCGCAGAGCAGGAGCGCCUAGGCGGCAUCGGAACGCACACGUCCCCACUCGCCGACGUGCGCGACGUAGGCAACCUGCUGUCGCGCGCGGGCUUCAAACUCCUCACCGUCGACGUGGACGACAUCAUCGUCGAUUACCCGCACAUUUUCGCGCUCAUGGCGGACUUGCAGGCGAUGGGGGAGGGGAAUGCGGCGCUGCGCCGCGAUGCGACGGGCAUUCGGCGGGAUGUGUUGUUGGCGACGGAGAGCAUUUAUCGGGAGAUGUAUGGGGUGGAGCAGGAGGAUGGGACGGUGGUGAUUCCCGCGACGUUUCGCACGAUUUACAUGAUUGGGUGGAAGGAGGGAGGCAAUACGCCGCAGCCUCUGCAGCGAGGGACGGGCGAGGCGAAUUUGACGGAUGUGCUUGGGGGAGGCGGGCGGAUUGGGUAGGCUGUGGAUGAUGGACUCAA